AUGGAGACUGUCCAGCGUCAGGAGUGCCCGGUUACGAAAGCGCUCCCACACUGGCGGCUGGUCAUCGAUCAGGCUGGCGUUACGCCCGAGGUUCUUGCCUACGACUAUCAAGGGUCUGGCACCGAACAAGACCCUUUUGUGGUUCAAUGGAUUCCACACGACCCAAGAAACCCCCAGCAAUGGAGCGACUCUAAGAAAUGGUUUAUAACAGCAGCCGUUGCAACAGCCACUUUGACUGUUAGUCUGGUAUCAUCGGCAUAUACAGGAGGCAUGAAACAGAUCAUCCGAGACUUCCACCUCAGCGAGGAGGUAGCAACUUUGGGCAUCUCUCUAUUUGUUCUGGGUUUCGCUCUCGGGCCUUUGCUUUGGGCACCACUUAGCGAGAUCUUUGGCCGUCAGCUACUGUUUAUUGGAACCUAUGCUGGCCUUACAAUCUUCAAUGCAGCCUGUGCUGGUGCUCCUAAUGGGGCUUCGCUACUGGUCUUCCGGUUUCUAGCUGGCUCUUUUGGUUCUUCUCCCUUGACCAAUGCUGGAGGAGCUAUAGCUGAUAUGUUUCCGCCCCAUCAACGAGGCCUAGCGAUGACGCUCUUUGUGGCUGGACCGUCCCUUGGUCCAGUCUUGGGCCCAAUUUGCGGUGGAUUCCUUGGGAUGAAUGCUAGCUGGCGUUGGGUAAUGGGAUUCCUUGCCAUUUUCGCUGGGGUUAUGUGGAUUGGAGGAACCAUCCUCAUCCCAGAAACCUAUGCCCCGACACUACUGAGGCGCCGGGCUGCUAAACUGUCUAGCAUGACUGGCAAAGUGUAUACCAGCACCAUUGACUUGAAACAAGGGAAGGUUUCUUUGCGCAGUGCUAUUGGCACCUCCUUGCUGAGGCCGUGGAUUCUACUCUUCAAGGAACCCAUUGUUCUUCUAUUAUCGAUCUAUAUGGCGAUUAUCUAUGGUACCCUCUACUUGUUCUUCGCCGCGUUUCCAGUCGUUUUUGAACAGGCUCGGGGUUGGAGUCAGGGUAUCGAAGGUUUAGCAUUUUUGGGUAUAGCUGUGGGUAUGCUGGCGGCUUUGAUUUAUACGAUCCCUGAUAACAAGCGUUAUGUUCUCCUCGAUAAAAAACACAACGGUUUUGCACCACCAGAAGCGCGGCUCCCACCAGCAAUAAUUGGCUCUUUUUCCAUUCCACUGGGGUUAUUUUGGUUCGCUUGGACUAAUUAUCCAUCCAUUCAUUGGAUCGUCAGCAUCAUGGCCGGUGCUCCUUUCGGCUUUGGUCUGAUUCUGGUGUUUCUAAGUAUCAUGAAUUAUCUGGUCGAUGCAUAUACGAUCUUUGCCGCUUCGGUUCUUGCUGCUAAUUCGAUCCUACGCUCUUUAUUUGGCGCAGCCUUUCCGCUAUUUACAGUACAGAUGUAUGACAACUUGGGGCUACAUUGGGCAUCAACCGUCCCAGCAUUCCUGGCAUUGGCCUGCGUUCCGUUUCCCUACCUUUUCUACGUAUAUGGAGCGCGCAUCCGGAUUCAUUGCAAAUUUUCAGCUGAAUCGGACGCCUUUAUGCAAAGUUUGAAGCAAGCCCAGGCCCAGAAUCAACGAGAACAGGAGUUAGAGGAGCAGGAUAACAGUACCGAGGACGAGCGUACAGUCGUUGACGAAGGAGUUAUCAUUUCAAGCCACCUUACUUAUCCGCGAGAGUUGCAUGCUCAAGCUUAUUAA